GGUAGCUGGACAAGGCUUGGGAUUUCUCGGCUGUCCCCAAAACAGAGGGAAAAAAGGCGAAAAUAUUAAUAUCAAUAAACUACUCGUGAUAAAUUGAAUAAAACACGAGAUUUGGCAUCCACUUAAGUCUGUGGAAUAAAAAAAAAGUAAAAAAAAAAAAAAAAAAAACUCUGCUACUCUCAAGGAUUCCUAUUCGACAAUACACCAGCGUCUCAAUUGGUCGCCACGUGACAAAUCCUGAUGAGUGCGGCAAAGAUACUCCCUCAAUCAUACACGUGGCGUUGUGUUAGGCCCGAUGUAGUAGUAAUCAUUGAAUCUCUACUCCAUUCUCCAACUUAUAACCCCUCCACAAACUUCCCCAAACCCCCCCUUUCCCAUCUCAAUCUCUCUCUCUCUCUACAGCUAAGAGAUGUCGGAGCCGACAACAACAUCGCCGGCGGCAACAAUUUCGCCGCCGGUGAACCCACAACAACAACAACAACAACAGCAACAGCCUCAUCACCACCGCAAAUCACCGCAUUUUUCGGCGGCUUCAGUAGGUCCCACAACCUCAAGCUCCACGUCGACACCGAUCGAGAGGGAAUACAGGAAAGGGAACUGGACCAUCCAAGAGACGCUGAUCCUAAUCACGGCCAAGAAGCUCGACGAGGAGCGUCGGUACAAAGCGAGAUCGGCCCCACCGGACCCCACAUCUACUUCGACGACGAAAGGCGAGCUGAGGUGGAAGUGGGUGGAGAACUACUGCUGGAGCCAAGGAUGUCUGAGAAGCUCCAACCAAUGCAAUGACAAAUGGGAUAACCUGCUUCGCGACUACAAGAAGGUCCGUGAGUACGAGUCGAAUGCCCAAUCAAAACCCGACCUACCCUCCUAUUGGAACAUGGAAAAGCAGGAUCGCAAACUCCGCAACCUGCCCUCUAAUAUGGCCCUGGAGGUCUUCCAAGCUCUCAACGAAGUUCUUCAGAGGAAAUACUCCACCCAGACAACCGCAUUGCGGGACCCACAGACUCUUUCGGUUUCUCCUUCUCCGGCUCCCCUCGCCGCCCGGCCUCUCCUUCCAGCUCCGACGACCUCUGCUCCGGCACCUUCAGAAAGAUCAGAUUCGUCGGGUACAGAGGCAAGUGAAAAGGACGAGGAGACUAGUGAUACAAAACGAAAGAAACAUGGGAAAAUAAGCUCCAGCAUAAAAAGAAGUGCUUCGUUGUUGGCCAAAACGCUUCAAAACUGCGAGGAAAAGAAAGAGAAACGACACCGUGAGAUAAUGGAGAUGGAAAGGAAAAAGCUUGAGAUCGAAGAAGCACACAACGAAGUGAACAGGCAAGGAAUGGUGAAUCUUGUAGGGGCUGUGGCUAACCUUUCCACUGCAAUUCAAUCGCUCAUUUCGUAUCAUCAUCAUCCUCAUCAUCAACCUACGUGAUAACACACACUUCUCGUUUUACAAAAUAGUACAAUUAUUUCUCAUCGGCCAAUUCUUUUUUUUUUCUUUUUUCUUUUUUUUUUUUUUUUUGGGGGGGGGGGGUAAAUCCGGUAAAUUGAUCAAUUUGUAUUUAAUUUCAUUUGGGAUAAUAAUUAAUUAAUUAUAUCCAUAAUAUCCAAGGUUUGCCUUUUAAUUUAACCGCAAUUUCAAACAAUUUGCAUCCUUACAAGUCGUGUGUACGGAUCAUGAUAAUUAGUCAAUAUCAGUGUGAAUGUACCAAGAUCAACAUGUACAUUUCAUUAAAUUAAGUUUUAUUCUAAUAAAUUUUGUUUGAAUUUUUAUUUUA